AGGUAUGCUUUGCGAGCGGGAGGUGUGGCGGAAGGGCGAGCGGGUGUGGAUGUUUUUUUAAAUGGCGUUAUUGACGUGGGUGUUCUGUGACUCGAAAGGGAUGAUGGAAAUAGAUUACCAGAAAGGGGAUGUGGAAUCUCGCCGACUACAGGUAAGAAGGAACGUGUACUAUAGACAAACCGGUUCUUCGCAGUGCCACGACCGGGAGUGUCAAAGAGUGCCAAGGAGUGCCACGACCAGGGCGCAUAACAAGGACCGGGGAGAACGGGCGUGGACGUGGGAAAUGAUGAAUGGUGGGCGUGAGAACGUGGAUUUAAUGGGUGUAAAGCACAAGGGUUUGUACAUGAUGGAUGGGACAGGCAUGGACACAAUCUGAUCAGUGUUUUGGGUGAUUAAUUACCGAGCGAGAUUUACAGGUGUGCUCUUUUGGUCAUUUGUCAUACGAUCGUCCACCUGGGAAUCGAAUGAAAAUCGUGUAUUUAUUAUCUUCGUGUUUUUUUGUUUUGUUGUUUUUAUCGUUAUAACGAGGAGAGAGAUAGUUCGACAGAAAGGGUGGUAUGACAAAUAGACAGGGCUGUGUGGUAGAUUUUGAUGGAGAAAGAGAAGGAAAGGUAUAAUUAGAAUAGGAGGAGGAAGAAGAGCAGUAGCGAGGUGGGAACGAUAGUGGAAAAAGGAUAAGUGGAAGGUGGAAAAUGCGACAUCGCAGCUUUCUUGAUACAGAAAAAAAAUGAUGUGGGAAAGAGAUACUGAGAAUAAGAGGAGGAAUAGGAGAGGAUGGAAUGAGGAAAACGGUUUAAAGAGCAAAAGGUAGAGAGGUCGAUAAGCCAGGAAUAGAGGAGGUAGGGAAGGUGGAUGGAGAGAUGAUGACAGAAUUAGGGAACUGCACAAAAGGAGAGAGAGAAAAGAGAGAGAGAUAAGAAAGAAAGAAAAAAAAAAAAGAGGUGGAGAGAGGAGUAACAUAACCAUAGAUAGAAAACAUAGAUAGAUGGCCUUAAUCAAGAGAAGAAAACGAAAAACAAACGAAGAAACGACAGACUGGGAGAAACAAAUAAAAUUAGUAAAAAAAAAAAAAAAAAAAAAAGACGAAAGGCGAGAAGAGAAAAAAAAAGGAAGAGCAGCACGUAGAAGGCACAGUAGAUAAGGUCGUUUCUCUGAGCUUUUGAUUUCACCCGAGACAAUUGCUCUCACUCCAACCCCACUGUUAGUUUGUUCCUGUGAACCGGAGCGUGGGCGUUCUCGUCGACCUCGGUGUGUGCGCUGCGUGUAUUGGUGUGUGUGUGUUUGUGUGAGA